GUCACUUGGUAGAGCUAAAAAGAUCCAAUCAUCCGAACUUUCUCUUCUGAAUUGAUGAUGCUGGAGCCGUAGUGAAGCUCUAAUACUGGACACAUUUUUUGAGUACCUGUAUCAAGUGAGUGAAGAAGGCUUCUUUCCUGCUAAGAGAGAUGAUCGAGAAGAAGCAGAAAAAGUUCCUUACUGUCGCACCCUUUGAGUGUGCUUGGUGCGAUGACUUGAAGUUCAGAGAAGCAGGAAGGGGCUGUGUAGCUUUUGAUGCUUUUGCCCACAAUGAUGUAACCAUCGUGUUCAGAGAGCAUGUAGGUAGUCAGCAGUACCAUUACAAGAGGGACAAUAACCCGCACUAUACUGUCAUCAUUGGUAGCCAUAAGAAUAAGAGAUUAAAAAUUGAGGUUGAUGGCGAAACAGUGGUGGAUGUGGCUGGGAUUGGUCUUUGCUGUUCUUCUGCAUUUCAAAGCUACUGGAUCAGUGUUUAUGAUGGAUUAAUUAGCAUUGGCAAGGGAAGGUAUCCUUUUCAGAAUAUUUGUUUUCAGUGGCUUGACUCGAAACCCAACUGUGCCGUGCAGUAUGUUGGACUUAGCAGUUGGGAUAAGCAUGUUGGGUAUAGAAAUGUCAACGUCCUCCCUCUCACACAAAACCAUAUGACCUUGUGGAGACAUGUAGAAUCUGACGAGCGCGACAAGUGUGAUAACAGCGAAGAAGAGUUGGAAAAUGAAAUUGCAGACUAUGAGAAGUGGGGUUUAGAAAACUUUCUUGAGAGUUGGGAACUUUCAGAUGUGUUUUUCAUUGUUGGGAAGGAGGAAAGAGCUGUCCCAGCUCACAGGAUAAUACUGGCAGCAUCGGGAAAUUUUGAAUUUGAAUCUUCUGGCAGUGACGUUGUCCACCUCCCUGAUAUAGACUAUGAAAUUCUACAUGCACUUCUGCAAUAUAUUUACACGGGCCGUGCUCAGAUUUCUGAGUCGCAUCUCAGUUCCCUGAGCGCAUUGAGCUUACAAUUUGAAGUGAUAUCUUUGACAAAGCAAUGUGAAGAAAUUAUUGAACGGUUUAAAUUCAACAAGAAGUUGUUUGACUCAAGUAAGGAUGUGGAACUUUCACAUCCUAACACUCGGAAAUGCAGUGCAGGCUUCCCGUCUGGCCUACCCAUCAAUGCAGAGAGGCUUAAGCAAUUUCGCAUGGGUGGUCAAUACUGUGAUAUCGACAUUUGCAUUGAUGGCCAUGGCCUUGUUGCGCGGGCUCAUAGGAUUAUCCUUGGUUUAUGGAGCACUCCAUUUACAAAGAUGUUCACCAAUGGAAUGAGUGAGUCUGUUGCACCAGUGGUUUGCUUGAAAGAUGUUUCUUUUGAUGCAUUUCGGGUCAUGCUCGAGUUCAUGUAUAAUGGGGAUUUUGCUAAAGGAGACACCUUGGACAUUGGUACACUUUUGCUUCAGCUUCUUCUAUUGGCAGAUCAGUUUGGGGUUACCCUUCUUCAUCAGGAAUGCUGCAAAACAUUUCUGGAGUGCCUCUCAGAGGAUUCAGUCUGUCCAGUUCUUCAAGUGAUUCCAUCAGUUCCUUCAUGUAAACUCAUUGAAGAAACAUGCAAGAGGAAGUUCUCGAUGCAUUUUGAUUAUUGUACUACUGCCAGCAUUGACUUUGUCAUGUUAGAUGAAGAAACUUUUGGCAACAUCUUACAGCAUCCAGAUUUGACCAUAACCUCUGAAGAAAGGGUUCUGAAUGCUGUCUUGCUAUGGUGCUUACGAGCACAAGAGUUGUUUGGAUGGGAGAAAAUUGAUGAAAUGCUGCUAAUUUCAGCUCCUGAAUCUCUUUUUGGGGAGAGGUUCGAGUCUCUAAAUGUCCUAUUACCUCGUGUGCGCUUCCCUCUGCUUCCAUGCUCACUACUUGAGAAGCUAGAAAGGAGCAACCUUAGCAGGCACAUUCCUGCUUUUGAUUACUUGGUUAAAGAGGCCAUUGCUUUCCUGGAACUUGGACAUAUGAAAGAACCAAAAGUCAGGUUUCAACACAGGCAGACAAGCUUUAAGGAACUGCAGUACAUAUGUGAUGGGGAUAGCAAUGGGGUUCUUUAUUUUGCAGGCACAUCAUAUGGCAAACACCAGUGGGUAAAUCCUGUUCUUUCUAAGAAAGUGACUGUCACUGCUAGCAGUCCCACAUCAAGAUUCACUGACCCGAAGGUUUUGGCAUCUAGGACUUAUCAGGGUACGUCUUUUGCAGGAUCAAGGAUGGGCGAUGGAAGGAAUACUUCAUGGUGGAUGGUUGACAUAGGUCCUGGUCACCAGCUGAUGUGCAACUAUUACACGUUAAGGCAGGAUGGAUCAAAAGCUUUCAUGCGAUGUUGGAAUUUUCAGGGCUCUUCGGAUGGGAGGAACUGGACGAACUUGAGAAUCCACGAAAAUGAUGAAACGCUUUGCAAGCCUGGUCAGUUUGCAUCGUGGCCUAUCAAUGACCCCAACGCUCUGCUGCCCUUCAGAUUCUUCAGAGUUAUCAUGACUGCUCCAACAACAGAUGAUACUAACCCGUGGAACUGUUGCAUCUGCUUCUUGGAACUCUAUGGCUACUUUCAUUAACGCGGUUCUGUACCAACUAAUAAAACUGGUGUUUUAUUAUCCAUUACUACAAUGCAAGCAAGAAUGUACAGUUUCAAA